AUGGGGAACGAAGCGAGCCUCGAAGGCGGCGAAGGGUUGCUUGCUGGAUUACCGGAGGGGCUCGCACCGGACGGGAAAGGAGGCUUCAUUCGGAUCUCCACGGGGGCACAGGUGGACCUGAGCCAACUCAGCGAGGAUGACAGGAAGCAACUCGCCGCGGCUAUGUCAAGGGCGCAAGCCAGCAAGCCCGGGGGCGCGCCCGCUCGAAGGCCCUUGGAGGCAGAUGCUCAACAGCGGCCCCAGCAGCCAGGAGUCGGACCCUCUGGUCGGCUUAGCAAGAGUCGCACCGUAGACGCGUUUGGAGAGGGCCCCACUGGCAGGCCGGCCCCUGGCCGCAGUCCCUCGUCCUUCAGCCUCUUAGAGUCCCGAUUCAGGCAGGAGCCCAAGGACCUGGAGAAGAAAACAGGCAUGUUUGGCUCCAGCUUCCUGAGUGGGGCCAACCCGCUGAACGCUGUCUCGUCCAUGACGUCCCAGGUGUCCUCUGGAAUGUCGUCCAUGUCCUCAGAGGUCACCUCCAUGGGCUCCGGGGUCAACAUGCCCUCGUUUGGCCUGUUUGACAAGGAAGAGAAGCCUGGAGAGAAGCCCCAAGGUGGGCCCCCAGGGCCGGGCAAAAAGGGCCCCCAGCAGGGGGGGCCAAGACCCCCUGGCCCCGCACAAGGGCCCAGACCCGCUGGUCAAGGGCCCCCUGGGCAGCAAGGGCCCAGAACUCCUGGUCCCGGACAAGGGCCCAGACCCCUCGAACAGCAAGGACCCAGACCCGCUGGUCAAGGCCCCCCUGGUCAGCAAGGUCCCAGACCCCCUGUCCCCGGACAAGGACCCAGACCCUCUGGCCCCGGACAAGGGCCCCCUGGGCAGCAAGGGCCCAGACCCCCUGGUCAAGGACCCCCUGGGCAGCAAGGGCCCAGACCCCCUGGUCAAGGCCCACCUGGGCAGCAUGGGCCCAGACCACCUGGCCCCGGACAAGGGCCCCCUGGGCAGCAAGGGCCCAGACCCCCUGGCCCCGGUCAAGGGCCACCUGGGCAGCAAGGGCCCACUGGCCCCGGUGCACAGCCAGGUGGGCCGGCUAAAGCUGGGGGUCCCCCUGGUCCACAAGGCCCUGGUAAACCACCUGGAGGUGGGCUGUGUCCGCUGUGCAAGAGUACCCAGCUCAACGUGGGCUCCAAGGAGCCGCCCAACUACAGCAACUGUACCAUGUGUAAGAACCGGGUGUGCAGCCUGUGUGGAUUCAGCCCCCCAGACUCGGCGGGCAAGGAGUGGCUGUGUCUCAACUGCCAGAUGCAGAGGGCUAUGGGGGGUAUGGAUGACCCUCCUAUGAUGGGCAGGGGCUCUGCCCCUCCUUCCCCAUCGAGGAAAGACCCUGGCAAAGAUGGCAAGAAGCCCAAUCUACUGAUUAAGCAGCAGAGCAUCUCCGACAAAGGCUUAACCCCUCCAACCACGCCCAAACAGAAAUCCCCAGGCCCAUCUUCCCCGAAAGGCAGCCCCCAGCCCUCCCCGGCCAAAGGUAAACAGGAGUCCAGCUUCUUCGGGGGCCUGGGUGGCAUCAGCCUAGGGGGCCUCACCGACGUGGCCAAGCCUCCAGCCGCUGCCUCCCAGGCGGCCGAGUCCAUCACAGGAACAAUGUUCAGCGGCUUUGGUGGGUUCACCGGAUCAGCCAAACCUGAUCGGGCCAAAGCCGCCGCUGGUCCCCAAAGAACAGCAGAGUCGGUGACAGGAAAGAUGUUCAGCGGGUUUGGUGGUUUUACAGAGACAGCCAAGCCCCCGGCGGCUGCCUCCCAGAUGUUCGGGUUUGGCUCAUCCAUCUUGAGCUCUGCCACCAACCUCAUGACCACCGACUCUGUGGACUCUGUGGAUGAGAAAGCUGGUUCUCCUGCUGAUUCUCCUGCCGGUUCUCCUGUAGGCUCUCCCCCAGACUCCCCCUUCUCCACCCCCGGUUCUCCCCCCGGUUCUCCCCCGGACUCCCCCUUCUCCGCUCCUGGGUCUCCCCCCGACUCAGACAGCCCUGACACCCCGCCCGCCUCCAAGAAGGCCCCCAAACGCGGCACCUCCCUGCUGAAGGACCAGAAGUCCAUAGAAGCAGAGCCCUCCACGGAGCCUCUGAAAGCGGGGGAGCUGCCUAUUCCGGCCCCAGGCUCGGGGGCCCAGGAAAACUGCCCUCUGUGUAAGGUGGAGCUGAACAUUGGAUCAGCCGACACGCCUAAUUACAGCAACUGCACCGAGUGCAAGAAGAGUGUGUGUAACCAGUGUGGCUUCAACCCCACACCUCAUCUUGCUGAG